GUGUGUGUGUUUGUCGGUGAGUGUGUGUGCGGGGAGAGGGGGACCAGUUCAGUGAAUGGGUUCCAGUGUGUGUGUUUGUCGGUGAGUGUGUGUGCGGGGAGAGGGGGACCAGUUCAGUGAAUGGGUUCCAGUGUGUGUGUUUGUCGGUGAGUGUGUGUGCGGGGAGAGGGGGACCAGUUCAGUGAAUGGGUUCCAGUGUGUGUGUUUGUCGGUGAGUGUGUGUGCGGGGAGAGGGGGACCAGUUCAGUGAAUGGGUUCCAGUGUGUGUGUUUGUCGGUGAGUGUGUGUGCGGGGAGAGGGGGACCAGUUCAGUGAAUGGGUUCCAGUGUGUGUCUGGCCCUCUAUCCAGUGAGCAGAUCUCAGAAUGCUCUCCUUCGCUCACACACACCUCAUCCUCCUCUUCCUCUUCACCGUGCACCUAAUCCCCACUACGCCCAUGGGUGAGGAGCGCCCCUCCCAGGGUCAAGUUCAGGGCCAGAGCAGGAAGAGAGUGAUCCCUGUCCCCCACACAGAGGAUCCUGAUCCAGACCCCAUCUCUGAGGCUUAUGGCUACUGCAACACCCCCAACCGCUCUGAACAGGCCUGGGAGGGACACAGCCCUGUGGACUACAAGCUGCUGUCUGUCCAGGUGAUGAUUCGCCAUGGCGACCGUUACCCCCUUUACGCCAUCCCCAAAACCAAGCGGCCUGCCAUCGACUGCACCCUGUCCCCAAAGAGGAAGCCCUCCCACCCCCAGCUAAAAUCUUUCAUUGGUCACAUGGCCCAGGGGGGGCAUGGCCGCUGGGAGGGGACUCUCAGCUCGUUGCCCCGUCUCCCUAACCACAGCGCUUGUGAGAUGGGCGAGCUCACUCAGACAGGUGUAGUGCAGCAUUUACGCAAUGGCCAGCUCCUUCGACAAGCCUACAAGCGCCACAAACUCCUCCCGCCCGAUUGGUCGACCAAGCAAGUGUGGGUGGAGACUACGGGCAGGAGCCGCACCCUCCAGAGCGGGAUGGCUCUUCUGUAUGGGUUCCUGCCAGACUUUGACUGGAGCCGUCUUACAGUCCACCACCAGUGGAGCACGUUGUUCUGUGGCUCAGCCUGCGACUGUCCUGCUAGGAACCGCUAUCUGGAGGAGGAGCAGAGGAGACAGUACCGUCUUAGAGUGGCAGACACUGAACUGGAGAGGACCUACGCAGACAUGGCCCGUACGCUAGGUCUGCCCCCGCGCCAGCUCAGAGCUGCCAACCCUAUAGACUCUCUGCUGUGCCACCUGUGCCACGGCCUGUCCUUCCCCUGUGUGGCAGCAGGAAGUGCUCUCGGCAGUGGGGGCUGUCUGACUCUGGCCCAGUUCGCUGUGAUCCGGAGGCAGCAGUUAGAGGAUGAGGUGGACAGGAGGAGGGUGGGACUGUAUCGCUGCUACGCCGUGCUCGCCACACACCCCUACCUCAACCGCACCGCCAACAGGUUGGAGCGUGUCGCCAAGGCCUACGCUCCGGGCCGAAAACCCCGCGCUGGAGGAGAGGAGGUGUUCACCCUGUCCUCGGCUCACGACGUCACCGUGGCGCCGUUACUAAGCGCCCUGGGCUUGGAGGAGGCAUUGUUCCCGAGGUUUGCAGCAAGGGUUGUGUUUGAGUUGUGGAAGAGUCCGCACGCAACGCAGGGACAACGUAAGGGGCAACGGCAGAGCCAGAAUAAGGCUUCUGGGGUGAAAGGGGACAGGUCAAAAGGUGGUAACGGGGGGGACAUGUUUGUGAGGGUUCUGUACAACGGAGAGGACGUAACAUUCCAUACCACCUUCUGUCGCUCACAUGACCGCCAUGCCACACAACCGCUAUGCCCCCUGGGUAACUUCCUGUCUUUCGUCAGGAAAGACAUGUUCAAUGUCCUCAACGCCACGUCCUACCAAGACGCCUGCUACCGACGGACAGGCUGACUGACAAAGGGAUGGAGAGAGAAAAGGAGGAGAGGAAGGGAAUCAUUUAGCUGAUUUUGGAAUUUGUUAAUAGCUCUUUUCCCACUUUGAUGGUAGUGCCCUAUUGAACUAUUUUAAUGUCUUAGAACUUUGACAUUUUUCUAAAGUCAAAAAAACAUUCCUAGAAAGUAUAGAUACUGAUCAUACAUGUCAUGCACACAAACACACUGCAAAAAUACAUAUUUUCACCAACAAAUUCCUAUACACAAACACAUAUACUAUAUACACACUCUUCAUGCCUUCUUGAUCAGAUGUCUUUGUCAAUGAAGUUGGACUUCUAAACUGACAGCCUUGUGGUGUUGACAAUCACACCCAGAUACUUAACCUGCAAAUAUACACAUUUGAACGUUGACCUUUCUACCAUUUUUAAGUUUUUGAAAUGUUUGUAAGGGAAAGACAUUCUGGGGUGAAAGUUAAGGACUCAGACACUUUAUUCACACAUUCCUGCAUUCCAACCGGGAAUGUUGAGAUUACGCUUUUCCCAAAUUCCUGCAUAGAAAGGGAAACAUUGAAAGUGGAAACACGAAUGCUGGAUUAGUUCAUAUAAAAUGUUGAAACUGCCAUUUAUAAUUUGUCUUGAUAUUGUUCUGACAUUUUGAUUAAAAUGGUGCUGGAGACCAAUAGAAUUAGGGUCGGUUUUGCUGUAUAAUUAAUUAUUUUGAGUUUACUGCUAAAAAAAAGAGCUCAGCCACAUACUGUACUUUCAGGCUGAUUUCAAUGUUAAGAAUUAAGUCAUCCCAACAAUUUACACUCAAUGUUUACUCAAUAAUGAAAAUAUUCCACACCUUAGUAAAGGCUAGUUUGUAUGGUACUUAGAUUUCACUGCUGCUGUAAGAUGGUAAUAACAGUUAAUAAAAAUGUCAUCAGUAAUUGUACAUUUUUCCACUACAUGAAGGCAACCAUUUUUCAGUGGCCAUUUUCCAGUUGGGACUAUUUUUAUUAAUGAUGUUCAUACUUUUGAAUAAUUAUAAUGUUUACUGUAAAGCACAUUACACAGUCUGCAAAGAAGUAAUAAAACUUGUUUCCUCACAA